UCUAAAUUCGUUUAGACAUCGAAACCUUUGAAUUAUAUAUCGGAUAGUAAAUAUUCUUGGCAAAUUUUUAAUAUAUUAAAAAUGGCGGGAAUGAAUGCUACCAAGAUUGAUUAUUGGAAUUUCCUUUUUAUUGAACUGGCUGAUCCUCGCACAAAUGAUUGGUUUUUGAUUAAGUCCCCAGUGCCAACUUUGACAAUACUUUCCAUUUACUUGUAUUUCGUUCUAUCAUGGGGUCCGAAAUUCAUGAAGGAUCGUAAGCCAUUUAAGUUGGAGAAAACAUUAAUGGUUUACAAUCUAUUUCAAGUUAUAAUUAGCGUAUGGAUGGUCUAUGAGGGCUUUGUGAUCUGGCAAAAUUACAGUUGGCGCUGCCAACCUGUGGAUCGCUCAAGGACCCCUAUGGCGUACAGAGAGGCACGUGGAGUUUAUGUUUAUUAUUUAGCAAAAAUCACCGAACUCUUGGAUACUGUAUUUUUCGUUUUGCGUAAAAAUGAACGCCAAGUUACAUUUCUACACGUAUAUCAUCACAGUGUUAUGCCAAUGAUCUCUUGGGGAACUACUAAAUACUUCCCUGGGGGACAUGGUACUUUUAUUGGCUGGAUUAAUUCAUUUGUCCAUAUAAUCAUGUAUAGCUAUUAUUUCUUAUCGGCUUUCGGACCAAAAAUGCAAAAAUAUUUAUGGUGGAAGAAGUACAUCACAAACUUACAAAUGAUUCAAUUCUGUAUGGUAUUCAUUCACCAAACCCAACUACUAUACACCGAUUGCAAUUAUCCACGCUGGUCCGUGUGUUUCACCCUUCCCAAUGCUAUAUUCUUUUAUUUCCUCUUCAACGACUUCUACAAGAAAUCAUACAAAAAGAAAAACUUCGACAACGAAAUGCAAUCUGUUCUUUAUGCAAACAACAACAAUGACUCUAUGGCCAAAAAUCGUAAUGAUCCAAUACCUGUGGAAGCUAAGAAGUCUCUUUAAUAUUUAUCAUCAUUCAAAAGAACUGUAAAUACCUCAAAGAUAGUACUAAUUAUUUUCUAAUUAAGUACAACUAAGAAAAAUUUUGUUAUUUUCUUCAAUC